AUGGCCGCGGCAAGGGCGAGCGGGGCAGAGGCCGUCACUUGGGUGGUACGACGCCGAAAGCUUCGGGCCAGGAUCUACUUCUUGGAGGACUGGCCCCGAUGCAUCAUCUUCUUCAUGCGCAUGCUCCAGAUCCUGCGGGGCCUGUGCAUCUCCGUGGACGCGGAGGGCAUGCCCAUGCUCCAGAUCUUCUCUAGCCAUGCUAAGGCAGCCUUGCAGGAGGGCUCUCAGAAGCAGUUGCUCUCCAGCCACCUGCGCAUCUACGCCGGUCGCGAGGGCCGCAAAAGGGGCGACGAGACGCCCUUCUGCUCCAAGGUCACCAUGAAGAGGAACGCAGCCUUGGAAGCGCGUAUGCAGAAGACCCUGGCGGAUCUGCUGUCGCGGAGGCAGAUCGUUGGGGCACAGGUCGCGGUGGUGUGCGCCGGCGAGCUCGUCUGCAGCGUUGCCGCCGGCACGCUCUCCUCCAUCGACGCGCGGCCCGUGGAAGAUAAGACCCGCUUCCCCCUGCUGGGCGCCACCGCUGGGCUGGGUGCGCUCGCCUUCCUCCGCGCCCUGCAUCGGCAGUCGGAGGAGCUCAUUGCGGCCACCGGCGACGACAAGCUGAAGCUGGGGACCUUGCUUCGAAAGAUUAUGGUGUCGCAAAUCUGGCCCGAUUUCGCGGCGGGGCGCUCAGACCUCUGCCUCGCCGACCUGCUCGCCCACCGUGCGGGCUUGCAGGACGCGUAUCCCAUUGACUUCAGCCCUUCAUCCCUCGAUGAUCUGAAGGGGAUGGCGGCACACCUCGAGGCCGACCUGGCAAAACCCAGCGAAGAGUCCCGCUACGCCUACCUGCUGCAGUCCUUUGUCCUCGCAAAGCUGGGCAACUGCAUCGGGGGCCAGGAUGACUUCCUCCACUGGCUUGGGGAGGAGUUGGGGUCCCUGGGCUUGGACGUGGCCCUACCUGCCGGAUCAGAUAGCUGCAGUCUGUCUGCGACGCUCUAUGCCCAGAAGGUGCCCGUACUCCUGUACGAAGGCCAAGCAUCCAAAGCAUCCAAAGAUGACGACGAAGGACAUGCCAAUGACUUUAAGCCGCAAGCCGACAUCAGCGACAAGACUUGGUGA